UGUCAGCGGACGACACUCACCAUUACGCAGCACGGAACGGAAUCGCUCCCCCAAGCUCGGUAAGAUUCUGUGGAGAAUGCAGGACGCAUGCUCCAGGUACGAUCUCUUCCCAAUCUCUGCCAAAAUGCAUGAUGCUCCAGGUACGAACUCUCCCCAAUCUCUUCCAAAUCGAAUCCCGUUCCGAUCCAAAUUUCCCCACCCACUUCCGCCUUCCUCCCACCAGCACCAGCCGUUCCUCGUCGCCGGCGCGCUCCAGCAUUCACGGCCGCUGCAGGAAGGACGGAGAGCUCUGCGGAGUCUUCCGUCGUCGUCCUCCACCAGGACUCGGGCCGGCGGUUGGUCGCUGCCGCCCGCAUUCACCGCCGCUAGAGGAGGGAGCGCGACCUCCUAUCCUGGGCGGCGGCGGCGGCGGCAAUGCCACGCUUCCGACCCCGCUCCCCUUCUCUCUACGACCCCGUCCCCUCACCCGGCUAUCAGCUGCUGGACGAAUUCAAGGAUCGUCUGGGCUCGGAGACGCUCAGUCCGGAGCUUGCGCACCAACUGUUCGGCAAAUUGCUUCGUCAACCCGUCAAGGUACCAGAACGCGCGCUCAACGGCUUUUUCGCCGCCCUCGCACGUGCCCCGCCCUCCAUCGCCUGCCCCGAUGGCCCUGCCCUCGCCAUCGCCCUCUUCCAACAAAUGGCCCGAGCAGGCCCACGUCCGGUGGCCGCACCCACCAUUUACACAUACAGCAUACUGAUUGAUUGCUGCUGCCACACCCACCGCCCGGACCUAGGGCCUGCCUUCUUCGGCCACCUCCUCAAGACAGGUAUCAGGGAGGACGUUGUCAUUUUCAACAAUUUAUUGAAGUGCCUCUGUGACAUGAAGCGAACGGAGGAGGCUCUGGACGUGCUGCUCCACAGGAUGCCCGGCGACCUUCCUAAUGUCAUCACCAGACGUGGCCACUCUCCCAACGUGGUUUCAUACAACACGGUAAUUGAUGGCUUCUUGAAGGAGGGUGAAAUAAGCAAAGCUUUGGAUCUAUUCCAUGAAAUGAAACAGCAGGGGGUUGUGCCUAAUGUGGUGACAUAUAGUUCCAUUAUUGAUGGGCAGUGCAAAGCAACAGCAAUGGACAAGGCAGAGGGGGUCCUUCGGCAAAUGGUCGAUAAUGGUGUUCAGCCGAAUACCGUGACAUAUACUAGCCUGAUCCAUGGAUAUUCCACUUCGGGCCAGUUGGAAGAAGUCGCUAGGUUGUUGGAAGAAAUGAAAACUCAAGGUAUCAUGUGGGACGUUGUUACUUGCAGCUCAUUCAUGGACUAUCUUUGCAAGACCGGAAGAAUCAAAGAAGCUGCAGAAUUAUUUUAUUCCAUGGCUGAGAACGGCCAUAAACCCGAUGCUGUCUCAUACAGCACGGUAAUUGAUGGCUUCUUGAAGGAGGGGGAAAUAAGCAAAGCUUUGGAUCUAUUCCAUGAAAUGAAACAGCAGGGGGUUGUGCCUGAUGUGGUGACAUAUAGUUCCAUUAUUGAUGGGCAGUGCAAAGCAAGAGCAAUGGACAAGGCAGAGGGGUUCCUUCGGCAAAUGGUCGAUAAUGGUGUUCGGCCGAAUACCGUGACAUAUAAUAGCCUGAUCCAUGGAUAUUCCACUUCGGGCCAGUUGGAAGAAGUCGCUAGGUUGUUGGAAGAAAUGAAAACUCAAGGUAUCAUGUGGGACGUUUUUACUUGCAGCUCAUUCAUGGACUAUCUUUGCAAGACCGGAAGAAUCAAAGAAGCUGCAGAAUUAUUUUAUUCCAUGGCUGAGAACGGCCAUAAACCUAAUGCUGUCUCAUACAACACGCUUAUUGAUGGCUUCUUGAAGGAGGGUGAAAUAAGCAAAGCUUUGGAUCUAUUCCAUGAAAUGAAACAGCAGGGGGUUGUGCCUGAUGUGGUGACAUAUAGUUCCAUUAUUGAUGGGCAGUGCAAAGCAACAGCAAUGGACAAGGCAGAGGGGGUCCUUCGGCAAAUGGUCGAUAAUGGUGUUCAGCCGAAUACCGUGACAUAUAAUAGCCUGAUCCAUGGAUAUUCCACUUCGGGCCAGUUGGAAGAAGUCGCUAGGUUGUUGGAAGAAAUGAAAACUCAAGGUAUCAUGUGGGACGUUGUUACUUGCAACUCAUUCAUGGACUAUCUUUGCAAGACCGGAAGAAUCAAAGAAGCUGCAGAAUUAUUUUAUUCCAUGGCUGAGAAGGGCCAUAAACCUGAUGCUGUCUCAUAUGGGAUUAUGCUUCAUGGUUAUGCUACAGAACGAUCCCUUGCUGAUAUGAAUGAGUUCCAUGAGCAGAUGGUUCGAGACGGAGUUGUACCCAGUCUCAGUGUUUACAACAUACUGAUUGGUGCAUAUGCUAAGUGCGGGAAGAUGGACGCAGCAAUGCUUGUCUUCGAAGAUAUGUUGAAGCAUGGUGUGAACCCUGAUCAGGUCACAUAUUUAAUUGUGAUAGCUGCAUUUUGCAGAAUGGGCAGGAUGGAUGAUGCCAUGGACAAAUUCAGUGAGAUGAUUGAUAUGGGAGUACCACAUGACACUCAUGUUUAUGAGUGCAUGAUCAAGGGUUACUUUAGACAAGGUGAUUUGGUGAAAGCCAACGAAUUGUUUACUGAAAUGAAGAACAAGGGUAUUCGUCGUAGGCCACAGAAGGGUAGUGGAAGAACACACUAUGUUUGACUUUAUUAUCCGCGCUGGUUAGAGGCCUGAUCAUGUUAUAUUUACUUCAAUGAUCGAUGAAUAUUGCUUAGUCGCCAAGAUGGAGAAAGCAUUCAGAGUAGUUGAUACUAUGGUAUCAGAUGGCAUGAGCCCUAGUUUAAAUAUAAGUUUGAAUCUAGCCAUUUUGAACAUCAUGUUGAUAUUUAUUUAAUCCAUAUGACUGAAUAAGCAUGAAUUGUUUUAGUUAUGCUCAUGUGACGGAUUCACACAACUGAUGUUCUUUUAAUCUCAAUCACGUCAAGCACCAUGUUUUUCUUCCUUUUUGUUGCUUGGCCUAGUCAGUAUAUGCAAACUAUUCUGUCCAUCUCUAUUCUGUAACAUAUUUUAUUUUUCUAUCUUUUUAUUGCAAAAAACAUGCAGCCCUCACUUGUUGAGAUAUGUAUUUAUUUUUUGGUCAAUGAUUAAAUGAAUACGGCCAAUUCCAUUGUUCCUUUCAAGAUCUACAAUGAUAUGAUAAGUUUGGAAAACAUAAUUGAAAACGCACAGUAUCUACAAUCGUGGCACCUGCCAUCCCAUACAUUUCAGUACACUACUCAUAUUUCUUGAGUGGGAUUCUGAAGCAGAUUCAGAUGGCCCUCUCACCAGCAAGAAUCGUCAUUUUCUUGACUGUGGUUGCAUUACACCCUUAAGUUGAUGCGUAAGGCCACAACGCUGUUUAACGCCUUUGUCCACGUGCAUAUCAGCUCCGGGGCUAGUAUCCUGUAUUGGGAGCAGAUCUAUGGAGUUCACAUCGCCGCCAUCGCACCAACGAUUGUGGGGAUUGUUAAGCCCCACAUCAGGAAGUAGAUAUCGGUGGAGGAUGGGCUUGCUGGAAACUGUUGGGUCUGCGACA